AUGCGUCUUAACACGGCGAGCGUUCUUUCGGUGUGCCUUCUGGCGUACCGGAUGGGAGUUGCAGCUGCACCAACCGAGAACAUUAACACAGCUUUGAUCAUUGACGACGAUCACAACACUACUUCUUUAGCUGGUGAUUAUCUACCUCACGGAAAUACUGGCACUGAGUUCCUGGUCCCUGUUGCAGAACUAGUGAAGAGAAAAGGAAGAAGUGGUAGCAGCAGGACGUCUCGUAAGCCUACCAAGACUACGCCCAAGAAGAAGACUACACCAAAGAAGAAGAAGAAGACGGGUAGCAAAACCAAGUCUGCGAAGCCUAAGGUGACUUCCAAAGCGAAGCUGAACCCGACCAAGUCCAAGAGUGUGUCGAAGUCUGCUUCGAAGACCAAGUCUGCCAAGGACCCUUACGGUAGCUGCAAGCCGAAGAAAGGUGCGAAGGGCAGCAAGAGCAAGGGAACGAAGACCAAAGGAAAGAAGGGUGUCAAGCGAGAGGAAGAUCUCACAGUAGAAAUCCUAGUAAGAAUCUACGAGUCCUACAUCUUGACUGCUUCCACUUACAAGACACCGCAGAGCCUUCAAAAACGUGAUAGGAAGACACUGGACGCUGGCAGAAUCUACAUGGAAUUUCCGACACAUCCCACUGGUGGAGAUGCCAUUCGUGUAGGACGCUACCAAACAGUCGGCAUGAAGGCUUACGGUACCCGCGAUCCCGAUCCUUGUGAUGAUGAUUACAAUCUCAGGGUAGUCGGGUAUCCUGCUGCCCAGGGAGCCGGUCUUGUUAACGGCGAGAGAUGGGAUACCGAACACGUCAUGGAUGCACAAAUUGUCCAGCAGUUCUUUGAAUAUCUCAACGUCCAUCUUCCAGCAUCCGGACUGCCAACGACGUGGUGGUCACGGAAUACAAACACUGGUCAAAUUGGUAAAUUCACGACCGUCCGUGCUGAGAGGUACAUGGGCGACUUUUGGGACGAUCGUAAAGGCACCGGGGGCAAGACAGCUAUGGACUACUUGCUUGAGGUGUAUCCUGGCACGAAUCAAUACACAAAAGAACUGGCGCUCUUGCCUCAUGGCAUUAACCGUAAGAAAGAGUCCAUCUUCUCAGCAAACGCGGGUUCCUGCAUUGGCCGCACGACGUGGAACAACCUGGAUUACUGGGGUAAAGUCGAUGCGCUAAGAGAAUGCAUCCUCCUCGCUAAGUACAUGAACCACGCCGAUAUCCGCGACAGUUUCGAAAAAGUUGCCGAGCGUAUUAGCGACCGUCUCACCAGGAUGGAAUCUACAGGUGGUUUUAUGUCAAGCACCCAAGACUACUGGGCAAUCAAGAAGAACAACAAUAAGUACAGAGAUGCUCCAGGUGAAGCCUGGAAGGACCAGAAGCUCGAUGACAAGUGGGAGGCCUGGAUUACCAGCUACAUGAGAACACGCCUGAACAACCUCUCGACUGAGAUCACGACAAAGCUUCGCGACAUCUCUGCCCUCAACACUCGGGCUCAGCGUGAUCGUAGCCUUACUCAGCAGAGGAGAGACAGGAUAGCCCAGCGAUACAGGAGGAUCGAGAGGGCUUGGAGUAGCACAGGUACUGCGUUGCACAAGAUCUCGAACCCAUCGCCAUUCUAG